AAGAGUGAGUGCCAUGACAGUCUCUUCGAUUCUCGCGACUGUUACAGUGGCCGUCAUCCUCCACACUUCAACAGCUCAAUGUCCCACAGGCUGCACAUGCCUUGGAACCGUCAUCAACUGUCGAACCAGCUCGUUGACGAGCAUCCCAAACUUUGGCGACAUUGCAAAGACGGCGCAGUCUCUGAGUUUGGGUGAUAACCAGAUUGCGUCAUUAGAUGAGAAUGCAUUCUCGACGUUGAUCUCGCUGCAGCAGCUGUUCCUGGAUAGUAACAGUAUAACGAGUGUGAGUGAGAAUGCGUUUGCAGGAUUGGGGAACGUCACUGAUCUGCGUUUGAAUGAAAACAAGCUGAAGACGUUGGCGAGAGAUGUUUUUCAACCAUUGACCUCACUCAAGACACUACAUCUUCAAGACAACGUUCUGACCACUCUGCCAGACAACAUCUUCGCCAAUUUGGACUUAACAACAAUUAAAUUGGAAAACAAUCGACUAUCAUGCGACUGCACAACUCGUUGGCUGGGCGAAUGGAUCAGAAACAACUCAGCAGUGGUAGACACCCCAGACAACAUACUUUGCAACUUCCCACCCUCUCUAGCCAAUCAACCAAUAUCUAACGUGCUCACUAGCAAGUUUGUGUGUGAGGCUCCGACUCUCAAUGGGAGUCCGAGCAAUGAGACAAUACGGACGACUGAGCGACUGACUCUGUUGUGUAACGUAUCCAGUAUUCCUCGGUCUGAUUUCACUUGGAGUAGAGACGGAGUUGUUGUUGAAGCUGAUGAUAGAGUGACUGUUGAUGAGUCUGGUUCUCUUGUUGUAUCGUCGGUUGAGUUGACUGAUGCUGGAGUGUAUGUGUGCAAUGCAAGUAAUCUGGAGGGUUUUGUUGUUAGCUUGUCGGCCACCGUCACAGUUGAGGAAUCAACUUGUUUCGAUCAUCUAUUCACCGCCGAUCACGAAAGUGACGUCGACUGCGGUGGCCCUCACUGCAAACCUUGCAAUGAGACACAAAAUUGUCUGUCCGAUCGCGACUGUCAGGACAAAUUGUAUUGUAUGGGUGUUCACGAGCUGCUCUCGGGGUUGCUCUACAUAGGACAACGACACGUGCUGUAUGGCACAUGUGUUAACGAAACAAAACCAUCAACAACCCUAGCGGAAAGAUUUCGGACUGCUCUGAUAGGGAGAGACGACCCGCUGCCCGAUAUCGAUGCGGCCGCCGAUCUGCAAACGAUCAACGACCGACUUCACGACGAACUAGCCACACAACUGAAUGCCAAAAAAGAAGUAAUCAAGAACGUCAACGUCGUGUCGGUUGAACGCUACGGGAACCCACUCCUUCAGAUUUAUUUUGAACUGGACCGGGUGGUUGACAGAGAGGCGGCGGAUUCAGCUCGACGGCAACUGGAGACCAACAUGCACGAGGGAAAGAUCCUCGGGACGUUGUCGCUCAAAGAUGACUCGGACACAAUUCUCAUCACUCUCUAGUUAUUAUAGUCACGUGAUUGCCUUGAUGCUUUCGUAUGCAUCGAUAUGGUAAUCUAUUGCAGCAUCCUUACGUAGUAGGUCCAACAUCAUUGGGACCAUGCAAUUCGUAUUGUGAGUACAUACAUGUAUACAAAAUACAGGGAGUAACAAUUUAUUGACUGCAACAGCCUGUCAGUUCAA